AUGAUUAUCCGGAAUGGAUGGCGCUGGGAAGAGAGAAUUAUAAGGAUCAUUGCCAAUGAAAGAGGGUGGCAUGCGACCCUAGAUAGCUACUCAUCCCUCACGAACAUAAUCGAUCCAAAACUCCUCAUAACCCUCAGAGGUCAAACUGACCUGUAUCACCAAAACAUGUCGAGCUUUUCUACCUUCGUAGGUGCUUGCAAACGAUGGCGUUCUGCCAGUGACACUAAACCCACCCGCCGAAGCGAAUCAGCUAUGGUGGGCUCAAGAAGUAUGAGGACGGGUGGGCUUAAUUACGUCUUUUGUUUAGUCAGCAGAGGGAACAAUAGCGGCUUAAGGGGCUUAAGGGAGAGUUGUUACGAUAGCUGUGUUAAAGCUAGUUUCAACGCUGACACCCACAUAUCUUACAGUAAAUUACCCGCAGAUGAUGAGAUAGGAUGUGCGGGGUUAUCUUGCAUUAGCCAGGAUUGGAGUCUCGCUUCCGCUGGGAGUACCAAUCGACAUGGUGACCCUGCAUGA